UUGAAAACAACGCGGUUUUAGUUGCAAAAACGAAGUUUUUGUUGUGUUGUAGUGGUUAUAACUUAUGUUUUAUUCAAUUUCUACGUGGAGAGUUAUAAAUACGUGAAUACAACGGCAAUGCCGCGACGUUUGAGCGAUGUAUGGGAACAUUUUCAAGUGCUAAGUGAAUCGGGAAGAAAAAAACAUUGUUUGUGUGUUUAUUGUAAAAAAGAAUACAAAUACAGUAACUCCACCAGGCUCGCGGCACAUAUUGUACAGUGCGAUAUGUGUCCAUUAGAUAUAAGAAAUAUGUACAGAAGUCAAUUAGAGCGGUUGGAAUCAGCCCAUUGUUCCAAAUUAUCAUCACCGUCUGCGAAGCAUUUUUUACACAAUAAAGUAUUGAGGAAGAAACUUAAACGUCGACUUAAUAUUUCGGAAUAUUUUAAGAUAACAAAUGAACCAGGACAAAAAACUCACGCAUAUUGUGUGUUUUGCAAUACCGAAUUUAAACAAGUUAACACUGAAAAACUAAUUUCGCAUUUUCAAUAUUGUACGAAAUGUCCCAUAGAUGUGAAAAAUAAGAUGAAGAAUUUUGGCUUAAAUAAUACUCCAAACAAUUCUUACGAUCCUCAACUAAUAAUAAAGAAGUCAACAGAACGUCCAAAAGUUUGGGAGCACUUUCGAAUAUUAAGCAAAGAAGGAUAUAAACGUCACGCCGCCUGUAAAUACUGCGAUGCUGAGUACAAAUAUUCUAAUGCCACUAGGCUAGUAGUACAUUUAUGUCGAUGUCCUAACUGUCCAAAUGAUGUGAAAAAUCAAUUUUUGGAAUAUCAGUCUACUAAAAGUCCACCACAUCCGUCUCACCGACCCAUAAGUAUAAAAACAAGUCCAGCUUUAGGAAGGCCUUUGAGUGACGUCUGGCAAUACUUUAAAAUCAAUCAUGAGUCAGGAUACAAAAGGCAUACCUCUUGCAUGUUUUGUGGUAAGGAAUAUAGACACAGUAACGCUACGAGGUUACUUAAACAUAUCGUAGAAUGUGAAAAGUGUCCGAAACCUAUAAAGAAUAAUUAUUUGGCUGGUGACUCGCAAUCGAGUAGUGAUGACAGCGAGGACGAGAGUAUGUCUUCAGAGGGCUCGUCCAAUGAGGCGGAUUAUUCGCUAUCCCAAGUAGUAAUAAACAAUGAUAAUAAUGCAACGUGUGAUAAUGAAAUUGCAUCUACGAGUUCUUUUAUAUGCAAUAAGAACCAUAUUGUGGUUGAAGUCAAUGUUGAAAACGUCGAUGACGACAUUGAUGCGACAUUAGCCCGUGCCAUAUUUGCAAGUGGCGUACCCUUUACAUUGUUAGAUUCUAAAUAUUGGAAAAAAGCAAUAAAUAAGCUUCGUCCCGAUUAUAACAUACCGUCUGCACUCGAUUUUAGCUGCAGAUUACUUGAAGGUGAACACGCAAGAUUUCAGGAAAAUAUUGAUUAUGAAAUAAAAGAAUCUGAUAUGUUGGUUCUGAUUUGCGACGAGAUGCAUGUAGAUGAUAAAGAGUUACUAUGUUUUAUGGUUGCUACAGCCUCAAAAACUGUUUGUUAUGAGAUUAAUGCAGUUAAAAAUAAUCAAUGCAGUGAAGAAAUAAGUAAAAUUAUUAACAAAAUAGGACCAGACAAAAUAUUAGCCAUUAUUACAAAAAGUAACUGGCAUAUGACGCAGGCAAAAACAAAACUCGCUGGUACUUUUCCCAAUAUAAGUGGGGUAUGUUGCUUAUUUGAUACCAUGUACUCCAUAUUCAGAAAAAUUGUUGAAGAAUCUAUUAUAAAGGGUACAACUUACGAUGUUGAAAUUGUUGUCAAGUAUUUAAAAAACGAAGUCUCAAAGACUUUAUUGUCAAGCGUACACACAGAAAUUAUUAAUUCACUGAAACUCCCAAAUGCUGAAAACUGGAAGGAUUUUCUUAUUCAAUUGGAAGUGUUGAUGAAAUAUAAAAAUACAUUACAGUCGCUUGUGUUGUCCGACAUGGUGUACAUUGAAGAAGGAAUUAAAAUGACAAUAUUGAGCGAAAGAUGGUGGGAUGGUAACGAAAAAUGCAUUAGAAUCAUCAAACAAUAUAACACGGCCUUGACCGAAGCGGGAUCUGAGAAAUGCAUUCUAUCCGAUGUGCCCGCCAUUUUUACUAAAUUAUUGUCAAAUAUAGAGAAUGAACUUAUUUCUUAUGGAGACAAUUAUAACGGCGACAAACAUUUUAUAAGAGCCACUAUAGAAAUUCGCAGGAAGAAUUUUAUUCAGCCAAUUCAUAUGGCUGCAAACUUGUUAGACCCGCGGUAUGUCGGUUCCAUGUUAAAUGACGAAGAAAUGAUUGAAGCAAUGUCCUAUAUAUCUACGUAUGCAACAUCUCUCACUGACGAUCCUGGGGAAAUAAUGAAAAAUUUGGCUGAGUUUAAGACGAAGACUGGUUACUUUGCGAAAGUAAAAGCCAUUUGGACGAGUGCGAAUUUAUUAGAACCGCGAAUAUGGUGGAAAAGUUUUUGUUCGCAUUUGAAAAUAUCGGAAAUUGCGAUAAAACUUUUGAGUGCCCCUUGUAGUAUUCCAUGUGAUUACAAAUCUAAAUUAUUCACUGAAGAUACGCAGAAUAGCGAUCAACAAGAUAUGGAUCGGUUAAUAAAAUUAGCUAUGAUUCGGGCGAAUUACUUUCUUGAAAAUAAAAAUGAGGAGAACAAUGUGUCUGAAUAGUUAUUUUAGUACUUACCUAAUAUUUAAGUAAUAUUUUAUGUUUAGAGAAAUAUUUGUUAAGUUUAUAAGUUUUUCUAUAAUAUUAUCAUAUUGGCUCAGUAACUGAGAAACCGAAAUAAAUAUAAGUUUAUGGUU